UUUGUCGUAGAGUGACUUUAAAUACGAGGAAUAAUCGAAAUACAUUUCCAAAUGUUUAUUACCAUUUGUUUUGUAUCGUUGUGUUUUGUUUCACCGGACCUCCCCGAAGUCGCAAAGCCGCUAUAGACUUAAUGCAGGCUCUUAUUUUGAAAAGCAUACAGCCACCCGGAAUCACAUGCCCUGCCUGCUCUGGACUGUGAAACCAAGCAGGACUAGUCUGCAUACAUGUCCACUAUAGCAAAAGCAAUGUCCAAGUUCCGUCUGGCUGUGGUCCAGCUGCAGGUGACGAGCGUCAAAGCGGACAACCUGAGCAGAGCCCGGGGGCUGGUGAAGGAGGCGGCGGGUCAGGGCAGCAAGGUGGUGCUGCUGCCGGAAUGCUUCAAUUCUCCAUAUGGAACCAGCUUCUUCUCUGCGUAUGCUGAGAGGAUCCCAGGAGAGUCCACCCAGGUGCUGUCAGAGGUGGCAAAGGAGAAUAAGGUGUAUCUAGUGGGAGGAUCUAUCCCUGAGGAGGAGGGCGGGAAGUUGUAUAAUAGCUGUGCGGUGUUUGGUCCUGAUGGAGAGCUGAUACUUAAACACAGGAAGAUUCACCUCUUUGACAUCGACGUCCCAGGAAAAAUUUGCUUCCAGGAAUCUGAGACACUGAGUCCAGGCAACAGUUUGUCGAUGUUUGAAACGCCGUUCUGUAAAGUGGGUGUGGGGAUUUGCUACGACAUGAGGUUUGCAGAGCUCGCACAGCUCUACAGCAGGAAAGGCUGUCAGCUGCUGGUAUACCCCGGAGCCUUCAACAUGACGACUGGUCCAGCGCACUGGGAGCUCCUGCAGAGGGGGAGGGCGCUUGAUAACCAGGUGUACGUGGCCACAGCGUCGCCUGCCAGGGAUGAGACUGCCUCAUACGUCGCCUGGGGUCACAGCACUGUUGUAAACCCAUGGGGAGAAGUCAUCUCCAAGGCGGGACCAGAGGAAGCCGUUAUUUAUGCCGACAUCGACCUGCAGUAUUUGGCCGACAUCCGGCAGCAGAUCCCAGUCACAGCUCAGCGUCGUGACGACCUCUACGCAGUGACGUCUGUGCAGGAAGGAUCGAGCUGAACGCUGUGACCUUGAGGAUUAGGGUGCCAACGUACCAAACACAAGCUAAGCAUCAGAUCUCUGCCGCAAACCCGUCGUCUUCCUCCGUGAAUCGCAAGACUCUUAAUUGAGGAAACGGGAAAUGCAGCUGGGACGAUCACUGAUGGACUGAUUCCCAAUGAUUUGAGCGCAGUAAUGCCGCCGACUUCUUAAGGAUGUGAUUACUUUCUUUUAAAGUCUAGUGCUGAAACAAGUAGUAGAUCAACAGAAAGUUAAUGACAGUUUUGAUGAGCAAUUAAGUCGUGUAUCAAUUCUGGUUAAAUCUUAUCUAAUGUGAAAACAUACCUCUUUUAAUCUGCUUCAUCUUAUUUGUAAUUGUACCAUUGGCACUUUUUGACUCAAUGCUUAGUCGAGACGAAAAAAGAGAUGGAUUAGUCAAUCAAAAACAAUCAAUAAAUAACAUCCACAAGAAAUAAAUGUCAAUAUCAAACGAGUGAAACUAUUCUUACUGGAAUUAUAUUCAUCCCUGUACACGGUACCAAUUAUUUUUUCUUUUUUUGGUUGGUCAUCCAUUUUGCUUUACUUUGGCUGAUGAAAAAUUUUGUCGACUGUGGCUUCAGAGAUUUGAAAUGUAUAAAAUGUUCAGUUCUUCACUGUCAUAUGUUCUGCCAUGAUGUAAAAACAUGAAUAGAUCUGUGAGGUGAAAUAAAACAACCCAGGUGUGGGCUUGGGAAUCUUUACUUUAUUAAAUCUUGAAACACAACA